AUGAAGGGUGACAAAUCAGCAGUUUACAGAGGUCCAGAUGACCUGGAGCAAUUUUGUGAAACUCUAAAGGUGCGAAUUACACCCCCUAAAGAACAGUUACCUCUGGACAGAAAUACUCCUAUGGAUAAUCAUGCUAGAAAAAGCUGCAUUAAAGGUCAACAUUUGAUUUGUAUGAAAAUUGGUAGCAUUGUUUAUCCUCUUAUUCCAUUGUCUGAGUUCUUUAAUGAUAUCACCAUGUUGGAAUUUAAUGACAUUUGCAUAAAGGAAUUGGAGAAAUGGAUAAAUACGCAUGACGCCGCCCAUGAUUGGUCGCAUAUGUUCAAUGAGGAGUGGAAGAAAAGGGAAGAAAAAGUAAAAACAUUAAUUAAACGAAUUCUGAAAUAUGAUCUGACCAAAGAAAAUCCAACAGAUCCGGUUGUGCUUCCAAAAGUCGACUGUAUAUUUAUUGGUUGUUGCCUGGAAAUUAUCAGCAAGACCCAUGAUGACGUCUUGACAAUGCUGAAGAGGAUCUCAGGAUGGCUAAAACCAGGCGGUCAUCUUAUAAUGUAUGUUUUAUUUAAUGCUACAUAUUUCACAGUUGGGGAACAUCACUUUCACGUUCUAAAACUGGAUGAAGCCUUUGUAAGUAAAGCUCUCAGGGACAUAGGCUACAAGAUUGAAACCAUGGAUUUGGAAGAAAGGAAAUCAAACCAUGGGGCUGCAUCUUAUGAUCACUUUGCUUUAAUAAUUGCCGUCAUGCAAUGA